GUCAACCUUGCUAAUCGUAGACUCGACCAACCUGCUCGGACUCCACCCAUAUUUACGCUUGACACGAUCGCCCUCACGAUGAUCCCGGGAGACAUUGGCGAUGUUCCAACGCUGGCUUGUCUCAACAAGCCGCAGAAGCGAGCGCUGAUCUUGCGCGACCAGCUUCGAUACCUCGAACCAGCUCACCUAGACACCUUCCUUAACGGCGUCACCGCAGAUGAGCCACCCACGUACAAGAACGUCAGCGGUACAGUAUAUCCUCCGCUUGCGCAGGUUACCAUCAAGGAGGAUGCUACCCGUUUCGACCUUGGCAAUGUCCAGUUUCCAGAAGAAGGUGGAGCAACAUACCGGGCUUAUCUGACGGUGGAAGACGAGCGUUUUGAGAUGCGGACUGAGGACGCAUUACCGAAGGAUGAUGCUGAGCUGGGGUCGGUGGGCAUCCAUCGUUUCGUCGCAGAGAACAUGUUCCCACUCUUCAAGGCGAAGUACAAGACCAUACACGCAAGGAUGGAGAAGAUCAACGAGGCGAGACGUGUUGCGUACAACAUGCUCGAUCAUCCACCAGCGAAGUUCGAAGAAGGAGAGACACUUGCCAGGCUACAGGCGGCAAAGUCUAAGGCCAACGAAGACUCCUCUCGAGAUGGAAGCUCCCGCAAGCGCAAAGAGAUCACGAAGCACAUAUCGAAUAAACGUCAACGUGUCGGCCUAGAGACGAUCCCCAAUAACGUCAAGAGUGAGACAUUCAACACCAUACCUGCGCAGAUCAAAGUGGAUCUUUUCAACAACAUCGUCAAGACCGCUUUUCCCAACUUCGACAAUUUGAUCGUUGCGUCCUGGAACGUUGUCUCGGUAUACGCCAACGUUGGCAGUGACUUCCCGGAACUCCACAAAGCUGUCGUUGAGCUCAAAGGCGCACUCGAAGAGUUCGAGAGUGCUUACGCUCCACCUCGCACCAAGAGUGGAAAGGGUAGGAAGGAAGCCACGGCCAGUCAGCAUAGCGGCGUGAGCGGAAGUCGCACGGCCACGCCGGUGCCUGCGACGGUCAAAGAAGCCAGGAGUACGCCGGUGCCAGCAGCUCGAUCGAACGUGGCUGCAGCGACCCAGGCACAAGAGGACAACAGUGUCAUAGAUCAACGCUACGAAGAGGACGAAGACGAUUCCCAGCACCAGAUGCCACCUCCUCAUAUCCUACAAGCGAGUCAACAGCACCAAGACGAAGGCGUCAAGGAAGACGAGCGCCAGCCAGAACCUCCCGCGAUUAGCACUCGCGCUCAAUCAGUCCCUCGCCAUAUGCCCGAAAGCAACCUGACGACCUCCAGGCCAACGCGAAACUCGACCCCAUCCUCGCCAAAUGAACACCACCUACAAACACCCCGCGAGCGCCUGCGCAAGAUCCGCAACCGCUCCGCUGACUCGCAUAGCACACCAGGAACAUACGAACACCUCCAAGCCCCUGGUUCCGAGCUCAUGCGCAAGCGCCAGGAGUACACGGCUUCGCUCAGCAAGGCGAAUCGCAACAGCACUGGAGCUGCGCUGGGCCACCAUACGCAGGAAGAGGAUGAGGAUGAGCAGUACGAAAAUGAACGCGAUCAGUAUGGUAGUAGGGAGUGGCAGCGCAGGCCGAGUUCCGGAAGUGGAAACGGUCAGAUGCAGCUAGCGUUCUUGGGCAAUUCGGUGCUCGGUGCGAAGAAGCCUAUGGGUUCCGCGCCUGUGGCUCCUAUGCUGCAUAUGAGGAAGGAUGGGGGUGGAGCGAAUGGGGGAAAUGGGGCUGGGAGGCGUGGGUACUAA